AUGGAAGAGGAACGAGGAAAUGUAGAAGUUUCAACAAAGGUUACAGAGCCAUUACUCAAUGUACCAAAUCCAAGAGCUCUUCAACAAACUAUUCCUUCUCUACCUGGUCAAUCAAAAUAUAUACAGCUGCUUAAUGUCAUAGAAGAACUUGGUCACGAGGUUAGACCUACCUAUGCUGGCAGUCGUACUUCUAUAGAAAAAAUUAAGCGUGAUUACAGAAAGUCAAGCAUGUUCCGUACUUUGGAUACUUUCGAUACAGAAUUUUCCGCUGAUUCAGUUGAAUGGUGUCCAAUAGAUUCCUUCAAAGAUGUAUUUGUUUGUGGAACGUAUCAAUUAAUGAAAGACGAGAAUUUACCAUCCAAUGUGUCAUCAAAACGUUUAGGAAGAAUUUAUCUAUUUCAAAUUGUACAAAAUGGACGCUUAAUAAUAUUGCAAAAAUUAGAAGUACCCGCUGUAUUGGAUAUGAAAUGGGCGCAUGUUACAUCACAAAAUAAAAUUUUACUCGGUGUUGUAAACUCUUUAGGGCACUUACAAAUUUAUCAACUUAAAAAUGACAACGAAAAGAUAACUUUAGAAUUAUUAGUGCAGAAGAGAGUUGGCGAUGAAGUACUUGCAUUAUCUUUAGAUUGGUGUACCGGAAGAUUGAUGAAUGAAGUCAGUUUAAAAAUAGUAGUUAGCGACUCAAAAGGUUUCGUCUCAUUGUUUGAGUUAAACGAAAAUGAACUUAAUGAAAUUAAUUCAUGGUCAGCACAUGGAUUUGAAGCAUGGAUUGCAGCUUUUAAUUAUUGGGACACAAACAUCAUAUAUAGCGGUGGCGAUGAUUGUAAAUUUCAAUGUAUUGAUACAAGGACAAAGACUCGGGUUUCAAAUAAAGUUCACGGUGCAGGCGUUACAAGUAUUCAUAGUAAUGCAGCGAGAGAAUUUUUAUUAUCAUCUGGAAGUUAUGAUGAAAUAUUGAGAUUAUGGGAUACGAGAAACUUAAAGCAACCAAUUUCAAAUAUCAAUCUGGGCGGUGGUAUUUGGCGUUUAAAAUGGGAUCCCUUUGAGCGGAGAUAUUUGUUGGCUGCUUGCAUGUAUAGCGGAUUUAGAAUAGUCGACUGCGAAAAUACUGAAAUACCGUCUGUUAUUAGCGAAUAUAAUGAACAUGAAAGUAUAGCAUAUGGGUGCGAUUGGAGUUACUUAAAUAGCGAAGAAAUAUCAGGACAAAUACUCGAAAAAGAAACGCAAUAUGCAUUUCUAAUGACUACUUGUUCUUUUUAUGAUCACGUUUUAAAAUUAUCCGCAUUAUAUUUAAAGAAUAACUAA